AUGUCUUUGGAGAAGGCAAGGUGAAGUCUUGCUAAAUGGGCCAGAUUCCCCCCCCCAUUUUAAAAAUGACAUCCCAUGCAGUAGCUCAGCUUUCCCCAGCCUGGUGCUCUCUUACAAAUCCCACCAACAUGGCCAAUGGUCAGGGAUGAGGGGAGAAGAGAAGAAGAGACGAUGAAGAGUUUGGAUUUGAUAUCCCGCUUUAUCACUACCCGAAGGAGUCUCAAAGCGGCUAACAUUCUCCUUUCCCUUCCUCCUCCACAAACAAACACUCUGUGAGGUGAGUGGGGCUGAGAGACUUCAGAGAAGUGUGACUAGCCCAAGGUCACCCAGCAGCUGCAUGUGGAGGAGCGGGGACGUGAACCCGGUUCACCAGAUUACGAGACUACCUCUCUUAACCACUACACCACACUGGAUCCCAUGUAGUACACGUGGAGGGGGCCAGGCUAUGCAAGCUGCAGUUGCACAUUCCCAGUGAAUUCAUAAACCAGAGACUUCCCCAAGGUGUUUUUGGGACUGCCAUAUUUUAAACAAUUUUGGAGUGCUGUAGGCCCUGCCUGGGCAGCCCACGUACCUGGCAAUAAUAGCUGGACCAUUUGUCACAUCUUGUCAAGGUGUAUAUGGACCUCAAGAGUUAAUGUUGGCCAGUUGUUAGCUUCCAGUUCAGGGCACUGUUUCCAUUCCCACCCUACCUGGAGGCUUCAUCAAGCAUCUAAGACCAUUCACAGUGCAAUCCUGUGAUGUAAUAACAGCACUGGGUUACUUAUUAUGAUGCUGUUCAUGGUUUCCUAGCAGAGAGAAGGAAAAUCAACAGCUACAGUUUUUAACAACAUGCAGCGAUGUUGAUGCCAUUUGGCACUUGUAUCAACACUUUUCUCUGAGCUUUCAAAGGUGGGUCAGUAUUGCUAUACAUUAUUUCCCAAAAUGACAGGAAAGCUUCACCUGUGAUAUUUUACCUGACUCAGCUGUGGCCAAGUCAGCGGGCUGCCCAAGGGGCACAGAAAUCACUGUUUUAAAAGGGAAACGUCUCCGAGAAAAGUGGCAGACCAAUGCAGAUUCAACUGCUUUAGUUAGUCCUCGCUGAUUUUGAUAGAACAGACUUAUAUGCACUUACAGAAUCUUUAAACACUCAGCUAAUGGCAAUUUGUAGGCAGAUGUAAGCUUUCCACCUAUGAGUUCCUCGCUGGUUGCUUCUGUAAACUAGCUGCUAGGUGCACAGUCAAAAUAAUACACCAAUCUGCUACAGUGGGAAGCUGGAUUCUAGCUCUCCUUUAAUCUUCCCUGGCAACACUGGCAAAAGCUGAGAGGCCAAUUUUUUGACCUGGACUACAUAUCAUCGCUUGAUCAGCUCUGUUCUGUUUAAACAUUAUAAAAGACCUAUCCCUUGGUUGAGAUAUCAAAAACAGCAUGCCUGCAGUCCACGGCUCUGUCAAGAACAAUGAGUGGCAUCCGGUCUCCUUCUGUCAUAUGUAGAGAUUGUUGGUUGUUCAUUUGAGGGACAAUGUCAGAAGGAGCAGAAGCUUAAAAUGCCACCUUGAUGGUGGACCAUUAGAUGGCUGUGACAGUGCCACUCGGCAGGUAUAUUUGGAAUGGGGGAUUUGUAUGACUCACUCUUGUAUCACAACUGAGGGCUUAUCUGUAUUAAUGGAUACGAAGGCCGGGUCAGAGUAAGUUGGAAUUUUCAUCUGUAUUAUACAGUGUGAUGCUCUGGCAGUUUUGAAAGGCUCCACUUCAGCAGACCUCUAUCAUUUCUAAAGACAAAACGCUGAAAAACAAGAGCAUCUGUGAUUACUUGCAUUCCUCCAGUAUUACAGGUCAGCUAAGCCAACGCUUAUCAUUAUAAAUCAUUUUAUUUCCACCGUUGUUGUGGCUCGAAAGCGUUUAGUUAUAGGAUCAGGAGGCACAGAAGCGAGCGCAGAGAAAUUUGAGAACAGGGUUAAAAUGAGGAGAGCAGCCAUGAUCGGGUGCUGUACUUAUUACAAACCUGUCACUUCGAGUCACCUUUCUUGUUAGUUGUUCCUUGCCAAGCAGUGGAGUGUGGCAGCCAGAAUGUGGGGAGCCGGAGGUGAAGUUACUGUGGGAGAUCAGACUUGGAAAGGUGCAGAGAUGCAAGACCAGAUAGAAUGUGAAGUGGAGCACAAGAUUCUCACUGGCGGGAGACAGAGCAAUUGAGUAACAAGCACCACCAAAAGGGGAAGAAAUACAUCAGAGUAAGAUAAUGGAACAGAUGAGAGCUCGGUGAUAUCAUGUUGUACCGUGCCUUUCUAAAUAAGGUGUUUUAUAAAUAAACAGUAUUUUAUUUGUUUCCAAAAUAUUUUACUAUUAUGAUUAUGAUUAUUUAAAAAAAAAGGUAAAGAUAAAGAACCCCGGAUGGUUAAGUCCAGUCAAAGGCAACUAUGAGGUUGCGGUGCUCAUCUUGCUUUCAGGCCGAUGGAGCUGGUGUUUGUCCACAGACAGAUUUCUGGGUCAUGUGGCCAGCAUGACUAAACCACUUUUGGUGCAGCGGAACACUGUGGCAGAAACCAGAGUGCACAGAAACGCUGUUUACCUUCUUGCCGCAGGUGUACCUAUUUAUCUACUUGCACUGGUGUGCUUUCGAAAUGCUAGGUUGGCAGGAGUUGGGAUGGAGUGAUGGGAGCUCACCCCGUUGUGGGGAUUCGAACCGCUGACCUUCUGAUCAACAAGUCCAAGAGGCUCAGUGUUUAGACCACAGCCCCACCCGUGUCCCACACUGUUAUGGAACAUUCAUUCCCAGACAUCAGUCAAUGAGAAAGUUAUUAACAGGUAAGUGUAAGUCAGCCCAGGGUUAAGUGGUUAAGUUAGUGGAAGGUUUACAGUACAAUUCCAUGCAUGUCUACUCAGAAGUGUGCCCUGUUGAGUUUAAUGGGGCUUCCUCCAAAAUAAGUGGGAAUAAGAUUACAGAAACCAGAGCGCACGCAAAGGCCGUUUACCUUCCCGCCACAGUGGUAUCUAUUUAUCUACUUGCACUGGUGUGUUUUCGAACUGUGAGGUUGGCAGGAGCCGGGAUGGAGCGACGGGAGCUUACCCUGUCACGGGGAUUCGAACCACUGACCUUCUGAUUGUAUUUGCUUCUGGGUUACAUUGGUAAUAAUAAAGGUAAAGGACCCCUGGGCAGUUAAAUCCAGUCAAAGGGGUCUACAGGGUUGUGGCGCUCAUCUCACUUUCAGGCCGAGGGAGUUGGCGUUUAUCCGCAGGCAGCUUUCCAGGUCAUGUUGCCAGCAUGACUAAACCGCUUCUGGUGCAACGGAACACCGUGACGGAAACCAGAGUGCACGAAAACACUAUUAUUAUUAUUAUUAUUAUUAUUAUUAUUAUUAUGGUUCAUGACAUAAAAAUGUGAGAUAUAAAGUACAAAAUACAUAAUACAACAAAAACAAACAAAUAACCCCCACCUCUUCCCACAAACACAUAUUAAAAGGUGUUAGAGGUUAAUCAACCAAAGGCCUGGUUGAAGAGGAAUGAUAUGGGAGAUACAUGUUUUGUUGCAGCUGGGGCAGAAGAAGGCGUCCGGUUUUGCUGCUGCAGAUGCACUAUGGCGUUUCCUCUCUCUGCGCUCCUCCUGGUGGUCAUUCCGCCUCUGGUCACUGCUAUAAAUGCACGACAUGAUUGCCAGUCUCCAGGCACCUUAGACGUACCAGCAGUGUCUAAGGCUGCCGUUUCCAACCUGGUGCCCUCCAGAUAUUUUGGAAUACAACUCUUGGCUUUUUGUUGUUGUUGCAUAUACUAUUUUUUUUUUUACUGAAAACCCUGCUUUUCCUGGAUUGAGCAUGCAAUUUUUUUCAUUAAACGCAUUAAACACACACUCCUUCUCUCUUUCAUAAUGUGGACAGAAAGGGGUUCUAUUCCUCCCCCCUCAUGGACACUUUUUCUUUCUUCCUUAGUUAGGCAGAGAGCCACAGCAAGGCUGUCUAAUUCAUCUUCUCCCCAGCUCUGAUUCCUCAUGUUGAGGGUCAAUGUGUGUUGCGCAGUAGGGCAUUGAUUUGCUGCAUGUAGCUCGCCUUCCUUUUAUUUUUCAUCAUUAGUACCUGACUCAGUACCUGGUGACGGGCUGACUGCUACCACCGAGAUGAUGCUAUGAAGAACUAUUAUUUUUUUUCCAACAAUUGAGAUGAAAUGCCUGGGUGUGUGUUUUUUUUAAUUUUAUUUAAAAAAUGAUUUGGUAAGCCAGCUUGACAGCUGGAUCAUUAGAGGCAUGAAAAAUGCAUGGGGUAUUUAAAAACAACAACAAAAUGUGGCUGAUACGCUGUGCUUGCAGGUAACAGAACAAAUCUACAUUUGUAAAUUGUCUCCCAAAAAUCAGGAAUCCAGGAAAAGAAAAUGCCUUCGGUCUGUAGAAAGGAAUUUAUUUAAUUAAUGAAACCUGCCACAGCAAUUGACAUAAUACGUACUGUUCUCUGGUCUUUGCUGUAGACCACUUUGAAAGGCCCUUCUUCCAUCUUAGGGACGAUAAUGUUUAUGUUUUUUUCAAAAAUAAUCUUAGGAAUGAUAAUGCUACAGUCUUGUCAGAGAAAGAUGCUGCACAUUAUUAAAGAAGUCGUGAUCAAAGAGAAUGGCACUUCAGAUUCCCGAAAAAUGCAUUCAGAAGGGAAACUGGAUGUACGGUAGGAGUAAUAUAGGCUUUGCUUUUGCACUAGGAACCAGUCCCAAACAAAACUGAUCUUAGCCUCAUAUCUGAAGCACACAAAGCAGUUGUGUGUCGAGGUCCCCAGGGCCACCCCAAUAACUCACACAUCACACAGAAAUUUUUCUUUAAGGUUUUUGGCAUAAUUUUGGCCACAACUUUAUUAAAAUACAAAAAUGUGAGUGGUUGCUUAGGCAUUGGUUGUGACUAUCUGCCCCAUGGGGGACAGACUGACAUUCCACAUGCCUGCGAAAGUCAGAAAAGGGGAAUACACUUGGGGGUAGCGACGGAGCAGGGAACCUGCCCUCAGCCCUCCCCAAAUGCAACCAGGGGCUCUUGCAUGGCCCUAGCCCCCUUGACAGGGUGGACAAAAGCAAUAGUGAGCCCCUAUAUUCCUUUAACGGAAUCCCUUGCAGCAGCAGCAUUAGAGGGGCAGGCACAGCCAAUCCAUGCCCCUCAACCAACCAAACCAUAAACCAAUGCCUAACCGCAACCUUACAAGUUGUGACGAUUUGCUAUGCAGUAGGAAAAAACCAAAUGGCCCCAGCCAAUCAGCCAGAUGGACAAAAUUCCUACCGGGCCCCUGCCCCAAAAGCAGAUGACCCCAUAGGCAUAGCAAGGUCAAAGCGAACAACCCUAAAUAUAGGGAGGGGGGGACGGGCAAUCUGAUGCACUGGGCGAAAAGAGGAAGCUCUAUGCCCCGUGCAGGGAGUUAUAGCAUUUCUGGCUGUCAGUCAACAAAUGGCAACAUUAACUUCUUCCCAACAACAAGGGAAGCCCAAUCACAUCAGUGGCCAACGAUCAAUUAGCCCGCCCCACAACUUUGGAGUGUCCUGUCGGCCCCCACUGCAACACGUGCUCUCCAUGAAGGAGAACACACUUAAAUGUAAAACUAGGAGCUUGGCAGCCUCCAUGAUGUUAGGAUAUUUCCGUUCCACCUUAAAAGGGAGCAGGCUUUGUGAGUCACAGAGUCUGCGUGUUUCCUGUUCACAGGAAGUUUAUGUUUUGUCUAUUGCUUUCUUUUCUCUCUCUGUGCCUGAGACACCGAAGCAGGCAGUCAUGUUUUCUUUGUUCUGACCAACGCUGAAUAAAAUUGUAAAUAAUGCUCUCCUGCGUGCAUCUUUCGCUGUGCAUUAUCUGCUGAUAGAGCGUGCACCAGCUCUGGAAUGUGGCAAGCUAUUUCUGGAGCUCGUGUCACUAAUUGAAUGAUACUGCGUGUCUACGGGAGGUUGAUGGAUCGCAAUGGAGACGACGUGGGGUCAUGAUGGACUCUGUCUCCCUGGCAGUAUCCCAACACAUGAAGCUAGGAACUUGGACUGAUUCUUUUCUGCUGCAAAGAGAAGUGUGAUCUGCAGGGGAGAAGCAUCCUGGGGGAGGGGGUGGUGACUUGUGCCUAAGAAGAGGCCAUUCCAGCAUUUUCUCUCUCCAAUUCUCGGGUGCAAAUGGAAGAGGCACACUGCUUUGCAGUUAGGUCUAUCAACCUGCAUUGGUGUGUUGCCAAAAUCAACUUGAAACGAGCCUGGAAGCACUGGCUUGAAGUGCAUCCUCGAGGCUCACCGGAAACAUCUGCUUAGCAACGUAGAUUCUCCUGAGCAACAGGUGUCUUCAUCAAGGCAUGUUUGGAGAGAUGGAGCUGAAUUUGAGGCACUCAGUGUUGGUCCGUGUGGCUGCCAGAAUAUGUGGAAGUCUGGAUGAAGCAGAGAUCUGUAAAUAGUUUUGUUUCUAGUUUUAUAUGUAGACCAGUAGUGCUAUGCAACUUGUAAUGUAAAUACUAGAGACUUUAGAGAAGAACUGGAUGGGUGAGGUGGUUAUUCCUUGGUAAUUCAUCAAGAGAAGGCUAGACUGCCGCGGUUGGGAAGAUGCAGAAAGACUUUCUGCUUAACUCUGCUGAGACAGAGAAAAUAAACCCCAGGAGUUGAUGCUUAUGCAAUAACAGCCUGAAUCUCUAGACCCAUGUUUGCCACCAAACAUCUAGCUUCAGUCAGAAUGGCCAGGAAAAUGGAUACAUUUCACUAUUAAAAGGCUUAUGAGUCCUGCUUUAAAUGAUUCGUGGAAAAUAUCGCCUUAGACAGUAUACAGUUGCUAGCAUUGCUUUUUAAAAAAUGCAUGAAUUGGUCUUUGCAUGCCUAAUGUAAGGUUGUGCAUUACUUUGUCACCAUAAUCAGCAGCAAGCUGCUUUCCUAUGUGCUACAUGGCAAAUAGCAUUCUGGACAAUCCAAGCUGGUCAUUAAAAAUGUAUAUUUUGGGAUUUGGCUCUCCAAUGGCCUUAAUUAUAUUAAGUUUUUCCAAUACCCUCUUUCUGGAUACCGUGAAGAGCCAACAGAUUUUUUAUUGGUGGUCAUUGCGUUGCACAAGGCAUGUUUCUCCCCCCCCCCCCCAAUAAGCCCAUCUUGUAUGAAUAUAAAGCAUUGUUAUCCUGCCUUGCUUAUUCAAUAAGUACUAAUAAAUAGAACAUGCAAAAAGGUAGUGCUGUUUUUGAAUAAACUAGAUAGCCAGAAUACUAGCAAUGGUUAGUAACAGUACUACGGAUUUUCUCCAAUUGGAUUGGCAGAUUAAAAGUUCCUUUGGCAUACAUGUAUUAUUCACAGAAUAAAACAAGAGCAAAAUGUGUAGAUUAGGUAGAGAACAACUCCCUAUAUUCUGGUCUGCUCUUCCAACCUUCUGACAAGAAACAGCCUAAGCUUCCUACACAGGACUGCCUUUGCACACUAUAUAUGUUUGAUAUUUGUACUCAAUAUAAAAAAAGAAAUCAAUCUGAAAACCAGCUUUGUCAAUAACAGGAGGAUGGUAAUUUAAAAUAUAUUAAAAUGCAGCUUAAAUUUUAAAUGUAACAAUGGCUGAGCUUUGCAAAGAGUUAGUAAGUAUACCAAUCUGCUGCAACAAAAAUAGCAGUGCCUUGUGAUGCCCUGAAGACAAAUAGAUUUAUUAUAGCAUAAACUUUGUUGGAGCUGAGUUCUACAGUAAAUCUAUUAAGUCUCUAAACUGCCACAAUAACUCUCUUCUUCUUCUUUUAAGGAAUGAAGUUUGGGUGAAUCCAAAUUUUUAA